AUAAAAGCUGCGGAAUGGCCCUUUAAGAAACCGCUUGGAAACUCUCAAUCAGAUACGAACUUCAACAUCUUUCAAAGCAGCUAGUUCGUCCGGCUUCCCGUUCAACGCUUAACAUCUUGUGGCUUAAAUCAUACAAAAGUGUGACUGGAUGAUGAUGCGUUACUGGGGUGAGAUCCCCGGACCCUCGGGCGCUCCUCCCAGUCGCAGCUCCUUCGACUUGCUCCAGCGGGAGUUCCGCUCCGUGGAGAUGCAGGACCCCCCCCUGCAUCAGCCCUCGGCCCAACGUCCCAGACCCACCACCAUGUUGGACGUCCCCUCCGAGCCGUGCAGCCUCACCAUCCACACCGUGCAGCUGUGCCAGCACGCCCGCCGUUUGCGUGCCCUCCUGGCAGUGGCCCAAGCCCAGGGUCAGGGUCAGAGCUCGGCAUCAACCGAGGGUGGGGGCCGGCCGGAGGAGGCUGAAGCCAACCUGCCGCAGCGUCCUCCGACUCCGCCUACGGUCCCUGAUGAUCUGCUCCCUGCAGACAGCAAAGAUCCCCAGCAGCCCUUUCAGCUUCGCCACAGCGACCCUGAGAGUGAAUUCUACAAAGGUAAAGGUGAACCCGUCACUGAGCUGAGUUGGCCGUCCUGCAGGCAGCUCCUCUAUCAGUCGGUGGCCACAGUUCUGGCUCACGCUGGCUUUGAGUCUGCCCAGGAAAGCGUCCUGGAGACCUUGACUGACCAGGUCCACGAACAUUACCUGCGCCUCACCCAGCUGCUGCGGGUGGCGGUGGACCGCGAGGCUCGGCUGGGGGCCACUCCCUUCCCGGACGUGGUGGAGCAGGUGUUCCAUGAGGUGGGCAUCGGCAGCAUGCUGUCCCUGCAGCGCUUCUGGCAAGUGAGGAUCAAGGACUAUCACAGCCACAUGCUGCAGGUGACGAAGGAGCUUUCAGAAGAAUAUGAGCGACUGGUGAAUCCGGAGAAAGCUCUGGAAGACUCCAAACCUCUGAGGAUUAAGGAGGAGCCCAUGAGUGACAUUCCCUUCCCUGUUAGUGAGGAACUUGAGGCUGAUCUGGCCUCUGGGGAUCAGGCUCUGCCCAUGGGGGUCCUGGGGGCCAAUGCUGAGAGGCUGGCUUCAGGCUUGGAUAGUGAGCAGUCCCCUCACGCUUCAGGUGGGGGCGGGGCCACCAACUCGCCCCUUUGGCCCCAAGUAAAGAUGGAGCCGCAGGACGGGGAUGAAGGUCAGGCUGCCGGGCACCAUCAUCAUCAUCAUCCUCACGGCGUUCUGAGCGGAGACGUGUUCGAAGAGGGGGGUCCCAUGUCCACCAUGAGUGAGUCUGGAGGCGCCAUGGCUCCUUCGCCAACAGGAGCGCCGUCCGAAGGCAGCUAUGCGUCACAUUCACCCGACUCCCUGAUGGGAACGUCGCCCGUCUUCAACCAGAGACCCAAGAAACGAAUAAAGAAGAUCUGAAUGUGGAAAACUCAGCAUCCAAACGCUUAGAGAUAAAAACGGAAACGUUCAUUUCCACAGAGAGGAGGACGGGUGCUAUUAUGUCUUUUUAUUUUUUGGAAUAUUCUAUAUUUUCUCUGAAAUACUGAUUUUUAGUUUGAUAAUAAAUGGAAA